AUGCUGAAAUACAAACUUGUAAAUGAAAGUAAAGUUGGUGCUCAAAUAAAUGUUACAAUCGAUGUUGAUCGAUAUAUAUUCGAUUAUCCAUGUAGUAGUAGCUCUGAUUGUACAGAUUAUGAGAUCACAUUUCCACCUGGUCUUUACAAAUUCGAACUGUAUGGUUCAUCAGGUGGCAGCCAAAACGGUAUCACCUCAUAUCGAUUUCCUAAUGGCAGCUGUAUUUCAGAAGAAAUCGUUAAUUUAUAUCGUGGAAAUACAAAAUGUCUAAGUAAAUCGAGUGUUGGUGGUGCAGGAGGAUAUAUUUCUGGUGUAAUUUACAUAAGGAAAUCAAUACUUUCGUUUGUUACAGUUGGGGGCAAAGGAAGUGUUGCCACCAAAGACUCUGAAUGCUAUGGUGAACCAAGAUGCUUCGAAAGAAAUAUUUACUCUCCAGGAGGAUAUGGAGGUGGAGGAAGUACGCCUGCACACCCUAGCAUUGGAUCAGGAGGUGGCCAAACUGCCGUAAAAUUCAUAGAAAAUGAUUUGUGGCAUCGAGUAAUUGUCGCUGGUUCUGGAGGCGGUGCUGAUAACGGUGUUGGCGAUUUUCUAGGCAAAGAUGAUGGCUCAGGAGGUUCAGGAGGCGGCUUGAUUGCACAAGGAUGGUUUGAGAAUGGUGUUUAUAAGAAUGAUUAUUUAGCAAAUUCUACUUUUGGAUUUAGUUUUGGAUAUGGAGAAGCUGCUCAGUUAUCUGGUUCAAAGAAUGUAAAUGGCGUUCAUAAAUACUCUUCUUCUAGCGACAAAUCAGGUUCCGGAAGCGGAUGGUUUGGAGGUUUUGCAAGCCAUGAUCCAAACUCUGGCUCUGGAGGAGGUUCUUCAUGGGUUUUAUCUAAAGAUGCAAUCAUUCCUCCAGGAAAAAUAAAAGCAACAGACGAUUUUUUCACACCUAUCGGAAGUCGAGAAUAUGAAUUUUCAAAAGCCGAUUUUUUAUUUACUAAUGUUAUUCAUCAAGCUGGCAUAUGGGAAGGUAACGGUCGAGUAAUUAUUAGCAUCAUUCAAUAUGAAAAAUGCCCAACAUUUAAAUACUUUUUAAAUCUUAAUUUUCUUUUGCCCAUAUAUGUGUUUUCACUUUCGAAGUAA